GGGCGGGCCGCUUUGUGACGUCACGAUCAGCUGUCGGAAGGUCCCGAUUUGUGCGGGGGAGCGGCGGGCGCUCGGCAGAACCGCGCGAUCGGCCCCGCCACCGGCACUACCUCAGCGCUCCCGCCGCUCCUCCGCCGCUCCCCUGCGCGCCGCGAGGAAGGCCUUUGCACUGAAGCCAAGUGAAGAACCUCAGAAUUGCACUACACGCUGUUUAACUCAGCUACGAUUUUGCUAGCAGCAAAGAAUCUCUGCCAGCACUGAGACCUCGAGUGCUGUUUUUCGCCCUCCCUGCCUGUCGCUCCCAUCUCUGUGCCUGGAAGCCAGCGCUCAGCAGUAGCUCUAACUCACCAUCUAUCCCCGGACUGCUUCCCACCAUGUUUCAGCGCCUCACCAGCCUCUUCUUCAGUGACAGUAGCACGCCGGAGGGCCUGGAGGAGCCCAAACCCUUGGUUGAGGAGGAGGAGGAGGAGGAUGGCUGGCUCAUAAUUGAUCUUGCAGGCAGCCGUGCCCGCCCUGGCGCAGCCCGGCGAGCAGGCGCUGGCGGUACCGGGCGCUUGGCACGAUCCCGCCCAGCACCCCCCGGUCCCCCACCGCCGCCCACCGCUUCCCCGGCUCCGGCCGGUCCCUGCUUGAUGGACGAGAGUUGGUUUGUCACCCCACCCCCCUGUUUUACUGCAGAAGGGCCCGGCCCCGAUGGCAUGGGGAGCAGCCCCAUGGAGGACCUGCUCAUCGAGCACCCCAGCAUGUCCGUCUACGUCACCAGCACUCUCGAGGUGGAAGGGGAGGGCACCGACGAUGAUGCUGCCGGGGAGGAGCCGGAGCCGCGGCUGGAGCAGCACGUCCCGCACCGCAGCGGGUCCCUGGCGGUGCAGGCUGCCAUCCUGGAGAAGGUGGGGCAGGCGCGGCGGGUGCAGCGGGCCCGGCAGCGGGCGGAGAGGCCCUGGCUCAGCCAGAAGGCCCUGCAGCGGCAGAACCGGGCUCGCCAGCGCCCGCUGCGCCGGGACAGGCCACACGCCGGCACCUUCAUCCACCAGCCCUGCCAGCGCCACUGCAGCUACUGACCUCGCCGGGAUCUGCGCCACCGCUGCCCUGGCGCCACCGCUCCCCCGCCACCCCGGCGAGGGAGACUUCACCCCCCGCCCCGACACCAGCCACCCCGGGGGCACCGGCCCCCACAACCACCGCUGACGCCGGCUGCAGUUUCACUCCACACCCCCACACCUGCGCGCUGGCCCCUGCUCCUCAUCUUCCUCCCCCCACCCUCGCCGCUCCCCUUGCCCCCGACGCCGCCGGGCCUGCAGCCCCUGGAACCGCUGGCAUGGGGGGCUGCGCCACACCCUCCACCUGUUUCCAAAAUCCACGGCGAAGCCUGUUUGUCCUGACGAGCCCGGGACAUCAGUGCCUUUCUUCAUGGCAUCAGGACUCCUGGUGUGGCCAGACUGGGAUGUCACAGGCAGAGACACCGAGUCAAGCGAAAAGAGCAACAAAGCAAGAUGAUUUGAGAUUUUGACACUAAAUAAUGCUUCCUCCCCCCAAAGCCAGCAAAUAUCCCCCUCUCUUCUUGAUUUCUUAGUUACAUUUUUACCCUGAUAAGACAAAAACCCAACUGCUGGUCCCAAAAGGGCUUGUUGUGGGGAAUAGCUGGUGGAAGCCCUUGUGGCACGGUCAGCCAGGCGGCUCAUGGCGCCUCGUGGUGUUUUUUUUAAAGACAACCUUAAAAGCAAUCUCAGGAAACAAAGCACCGUCCCAGCACCUCGCCAGAGCCCCUGGAGGGGCUGCCCAGCCCGGGCCAGCGGCACCGUCACCAUUGCCAUCACGUCACGUCACCGUCAAUAUCGCCAUCACGUCACCGUCACCAUCGCGGCACUGCGGCUGCUGGUCCCACCAGCUGCUGGCUGCCCCCUCCUCCUGGAGCCACUCGUCUGCCCACGAGCCGCACCUAUAUACAUAUAUAUAUACAUAUGUAUGUGUGCGUAUAUAUGUGUCCAUUUAUUUGGAAGAGGCACCGUUGAAGCCAAGAAGCAUUGGCUGCCUGGCAUUAACCCCUGGGGGAGCAGAGGAAGGGACCUGUGCAGCUUCCCCGAGGUGGCAAAAGCACGUUGAAGCUGGUGGUGAAAGGAUGAUGAAGAGGAGGCCGGGGGAGAGGCUGAAGUAAAUGCAAAGAUGGAGCUGGGAGCGGCUGCGAAGGGACAGGAUGGGGCAGGCCCAGCAGGGCCGGAUGAGAGGGUCGCUGCAGUGGGAACGCCUUCUUCCUCCACUAAAAAUUGUGUCAUUUCCCAUGAAGGGCCAAAUUCUGUUGUUGGCAACACUGAUUUUUAAUGCAAACCCUUCUCUUCCCCAUGACAGACUCGUUCUGCCUUCCGAAGGACACGGUCCAGACUUUUCACUGCCUCUAGCACCAGCUGAGAUGGCUCCAAACCCAGCAGGAAUUUGAUGGUUCCCCCUCCAGCUCUUUCCCUUCAGGGCCUGGCUUUGCACCCUGUGCCCUGGCCAAGUUCUGACCACCGAGUUGUGCGCUCAGCCUGGAUUCCCACCCUCUGAGACAAUGAUCCCACACACACCCUCCCAAAAAAUGCUGAUUUCACAGAAGUUUCUUCUGUUCACCACAUUACAUCCCUUCAUAUCAGCUUGGGACCUGGGUCAGAGGAAUUGCGGUAAGCUCAACUGCAGACAGCUGAUACUUAUUGUUGUUUAAAUGAGAUUAAAACCAAAAUGAACCCUCUUACGAGCACCAGGUCCCAGCUCUGCCUGGGAGGGGCCGGCUGGUGAUGCUCACCUGCAGCAUUUACCUUUUGCUCUGAUGACACAACAUUCCCAAAAGUACAGAAAGAAUGAAAAGCCCAUUUCAACUAUUUCAGCCUUUCCCUUUCAACUCCUCCAGGCCAGUUUUGUGUUUCAGGUCCCCCUGAGACCCAGUGCCCUCAUCACAUCAGUGAUGUGGUGCCUCCUGCCCCUCCAGCUGCAGCAGCCGGUGCCACCGGGGCGAGCGCGGUGCCGGCUGCUGUGCCGGCUGCUGUGCCGGCUGCUGUGCCGGUUGUUGUGCCGGUUGUUGUUCUGGCUGCUCUGCUGGGCCCUAUUGUGCACCCACCACAUUGGUUUGCUCAGCUGCUUUUUCAGCCUUCCUGCUCAGCACAGUGGCAUUGGAGCAGAUUUUUCACAGCAGUGAUUUAUCCGCUGAGAAAGAGCGGGUUGAGGAGCCCAGUGUCACCCCCAGCCCUUGGCAUCCCCUGCUGCUCCUUGGGCCUCACCGUGGUCACCGUCCCUCGCUGCUGAACCGACGGCCACGCUGCACAUCACCAUGAUUCAUCUCUGGUGUCUUCUCGGUGAAGAGACUGCCAGCUCCUUGGCUCGAGGGGAAGGUUUACAUCCUUUAGCUUCCUGGGCUUCCCAUUAAAUGCCUUUUUUUACACCGAAGAGAUGCCCGGUACGAACGGGGAGCGUGGCGUCUGCAGGGAUAUUGGCACAGGUACUUGUGAGGACGAGCAGGGCUGAGCCCGAGCUCCCGGGUGCGCAAUGGACGUGCGACGCCUCCCCCGUCCCACUCUUCCCAUGUCGCUGGGUGACGUGCUCUGUGGCCACCAGGCAACAGCAUUAGAGGAAGCGUUUUCUCUCUAGCCCAAAUACAUGUCAAGAAGCGGACAAGCCAAGAAACGUCCUGCCUCCCAACCCGCUCUCCAUUGCAAAUUCUCCUCCUGUGCAUCUGCAGCCAUGGUCACUGAUCACUGGCUCCCAGCACCGUUUCAAACGGCUGAUCCUGUUAUUCCGUCCUGGUUUUCAGAAGCUAAUGCAAACGGUUUUCCUUUCUCCUUUCCAUGCCAGUCUGAGACAGCCACCAUGGGCAGGAAGCAGAACUGUUAUCACAUUAUAUCAAGAGUAUGUUUAUAAAGGAUUAAUAAAUUAUUAAUAAUGUUUUCAUGAAGAGGUUAAUCCAGAGUCCUAGCAUCCCACAGGUCAACGGAGCCCACUUAUCGCAGCAUAGAUGGGCUCCUACGAUCCCCGCCUCUGUUGUUUACACACUUGCUCCUGUAUUAACAUCUAAUAACCACCUAUUAACCCCCUGCAACGUGACUGUGAUCCACCAGUGCGACCGGCCCUCCUUACGCUGCGGCAAAGGCGCGUUCAGACUGUGCUUUGCAGAAGCCCUGCAAUGCUCCUCUCCUGCCAAUGGUGAGCACAAGACCCGGCCUGAUACCAAAUCUCCUGCCCAGUGUUGCCAGAGCAAGAAAACGCCUUUACACUGAGCUUACGAGUCUCCUCGAAUCUUAAAACAAACGAAAGGUGCUUAAAAACUGAGAACUUUUCCUGUGUGUGCACACGUGUGCAUGUGUAGAUAUUCCACGACACGGUGUGGGUGUUCGGUAGGCUGUUUUGGGGUGUGGGUUUUAGUUUUUUUGGGGUUUGUUGGUUUUUUGCUUGCAUCUAGUAUUUUCAGUUUGUGACCAGCUGUGUGAAGCUCCCGACGGGAAGGUGAAGCAAACACGGCGCUGCUGGCCGGGGGGCCCUCGGGCUGCUGUCCUGCGUGAGUGGCCAGGAGGAGGCUUGCUUGCUUUUCUUUAAUUGCGUAAGGGGAAACCACAGCACGGACUCAGGGACAAACAGAUACGCUGGGAUCUUUAAAAAUGUGGGGUUUUUCCGGGCUUCUCCGUUCGGCUGCGGGGUUUGUUCCUGUCUGUGGUGCUGCAGGACGUGGCCCGAGCCUUUGGCCGCGUGUCAGUGAGAGGCUGCGCAGCCGGCUGCGCGCUGGGAGAGCUGCGGGUUCCGUGUUUGAUGCUCUGACACAGCACCCGCACAGCUCCGGCGGGGGGAUUGGACUGGAUGAGCUUUUGAGGUCCUUUCAAAUCCCUAACAUUCUGUGAUUCUGUGAAAAGGAGCUGUGGCCACUUGUGGUGACGCCGUCCCUGAGCAGCAGCCCUUCUUUGUUUGCUCAUGUCCCAGAAAUUCACUUUACUGCUUCUAGGAUGUGGCUGCCCCUCCUAGGGCUGCUUUGUGAACAGCCAGGUACGGAUUUUAAGCUAUGAGCCCCCGGGGAUUUGGGAAGUGGAGCGGAGCUGUGAUUGUGCCGCAGCUGCUCUGGCACCCACCAUAUCCCAGGGGUCAGGAGCAGCCGGGACGGGGGGAGCUGUACGAGCAAUAACAUGGAGAACAUGGAGAAAUGCUGAUGCAGGUGACAGGCAGGAAAAGUUCAUGGUGGAGAGAGUUGGGCACAUCCCGGUUUAGUAGCACCAGCUUUGCCGGGUGGUGCCGCAGCUGUGCCGGCCGGGCUGGGAUGGACGAGCUGGCCCUGGCCCCACAGCAGCUUCGCAGCCCCCGCUGGUGCGGCAGAGGGGACAGGCAGGGACGGGGAUGUGGGGACACUGGGGCCGGGCCUUUCCACCGCUCACAGGCCCGUGCACAGGGCGUCUUCUCUACGCAGGGCACCAGAGGUGUGCAGUUCAGCUGCCUCCUUUCGGUUGGGGCCAGGGCAGCUCGGCUCACACCAGCGCGGUGGUGAACCCCAAAGCGAGUGGCGAGGCUGCCCAGCCAUCACAAGUGCCACCUCCUGUGACAAGCACCAGAUCACAGCUGAACACACGCACCCCCGGCAGCUCCCGCGGGCUCCUCGCCACACGGCGCCAGGGCAGGUCGGUGGCCGCAGCACACGCAGGACGACUCGUCAGCCACAGCAAAGUCCUGUGGCCAAAUUUGAGCUCUCACCUGCACUGCCAGGCUGGCGGGACCUGCCAGGGGAGAUGGGGGAAUGUCCUUGUCACCUAAUGCUCUGAAACUUGCGCUCACAAACGUGCUUUCCAAACAGCUCUGCUGUAAACCUUGAUCUGGAAGGGAAAUGAUUCUUUCCAUGGGAGUCAGCGUUUCUUUUUCAUCGUGGAUAACAUGAACACACGGCUCACCCCAAAGAUCACCCCUGCGCGAAUCUUCCUUCUUAGAUAAUUUCACAUUUACAUCUUACUGAUACCAUUUCCCUCUUCCAUCCAGCCUCACUGCAGAGAUAAAAAACAUCCCACUAGAUGUUUUGUCAUUCCGGUCAAAAUGAAAAAACCCCAAAAGAUUAAAAAAUACUCCAGUGAGGUUUUAAACUCAAAUCACACAGCUUUGCAAUCACUCAGUUCCAGUGCUCCGCGUAAAGUAGAAAUUAUUUUUCAGGUGAAUUUAUUGAAAAACAAGCGACUCCCCAAAGAUUAAACCAUAUAAUAAUUAGAAAACAGCCAGUAAGAAGUGGUAGGACAACUCAAGAGAAACGGUUCUCAGCCUCUGCCUGUUGCUGCCUGGCAGACAGCAGCACCAGCUCCCCUCCUCCCGUCCCUGAGUCUUCCCUGCACGUCCGGGUUUAGAACAAGAGGCCGCGUGUGUCCACGGUGACUCUGUAGCCACUGGGGAUUGUCAACAGCCAUCAUUUCCACGGGUGGCUCGGAUGUGCCCCUGGUUCGCUGCACCUGCCUUGGGGUCUGCACUCAGAAACAGCUGCUGGAGGCGGGAGGGACACCCAGCACCCCCCAGUCCUCUGAGAUCCCCCAAGUCCUCCCCCGGCACAGGACUUGUCUGGUGAUGUCCCCAGCACCGCUGCUCGCAGCGGCCACAGCCCGGGGGUGGACACCCCACGCUACAGCCCUUCCGUCCCACGGGACUCCCACCGUCACACCAGCUGGGGACAUUAAAGGGCCUUAAAUGGGGCCGAUCACCUCAGGGCUUGUCUUCUUCAAGGCAGAGUUUUCCAUCUCCACCUGCUUCUCUCAGAUUUGCUCAAUACGAUGUCAAAGUGGUGAAUAAUUUCCCGGUGUCCUCAAGGGAUCGGUCCUUGUCCCACGGCCAUGGCCAGAGCAGCUGUCACGGGUCACAGGAGCGCGGCGGCAGGAGCUGGAUGCGGUGGUGGGGGAGGCUCUGCCUGCCGGGCAAGUCCCUGUUGUGGCGAGAGGUGUCCCCAGGCCCACCGGAGACAGAGACGCUGCCUCCUCCAACGGGUGCCCAUGGAGCGAGCCCCAGGCAGAGCUCUCCCCACCACCCCCUGUUCCGUGUCAUCACCAUCAUCAUCAGCCAUGCCUCAGCAAACGGCCUUUCCUUUUGCUUCUUAAAAGAGAUGUGCAUCAAUACCUAACCCCUCAACUCUUUCUUUGACAAAGACGAGCGGCUACAUUUAAUAACAAAGAUGGCUCUGGCGUGUAGUCCUUUCUUGAAUUCUCUUUCACAGAGGGGCGGCACAGGUGUCUCUGAGCUGACGCCUCCUGGGCCGGCUGAGGUGUCUCUUUCCCAGAGCAAGCCCAAAGCUCGGUUAGAGACGGCACCGCGUGCCGGGAGCGUUGGAGCCCCGCGCGGAGCCUUGGCUGUGUUACAGCGAGCCACGCAAUCCCUCUGCCUUCCACGCAGCGUGCGAGGAGGAGGAGUGUGUUCCUUGCAAAUGGAGGGGAAACCCGCACAGUGAAUUAUAAGUGCAGCCUAGAAAGGGGGUGCACAGGGAGCCCAAAGUUCCGGCACUUGUCCACGUUCACCUCGCGCGACCAUGUCAGGGAGCAGCUCUGCCCAGACUCACCGACCCCUUAUCCUCAGCUUUGUAUUGACACAGUUAUGCUUUGGGAAACCCAGGGAUGAGGGAACAGCACAAGGCGUAACAUCAAAUAGUAAUGUUUUCUCCUGUAUCAUAAAUAUAUCUGUACAGAGCCACUGAGCACUGCAAUAUUUUAUUUGUAUGUAUCAACCCCAGGUAUUCUGCUUGUAAAACUCAUGCACACACUUUGUCCAUCUCUAUUGGGGCUGGCUGUACAUGUGCCUUUCACCCUUUCUCAUGGUUUGUCAUCUUUUCUUAACACAACUGCAGAACUUGAAUAAAUCGGUGAACUAUAGUUAAAAGUCCUAUGCAAGAGACAACUGGGGAGUCAGUUUUCAGUAUUUCUGUGUUUCUAUGUUGUUCGAAAAGCAGACGCUGGGAUUUUCAGAGAAGCCUCACAGAAACAAUGCCCUAAAAAGCAUUUUUAAACAUUUUAGUUAAAAAGCAUUUAGCAUUUCAGACACUCAAUCUCCUGAGCAGCUUCGAGAAGCUCAGCCUAAACCCCAGUUCCUCACCAGUUUGUGUGUGGAGAGCCAGCAGCAGUGGCAGCACCAGCACCAGCACUUCUCCAGCACGGCGUGUUCAUAGCUGCUGUUUUCUUGCAAGAGAAAGGCCAAGGAAGUGCUGUUGGUUGGAAGAGGUUGCCUUAAGCCUGUCCUAAGAUGCACCGGAGAACGUCACCGUCUGCCCGGCAGAGCAGCCGGGGGCGCUGGGGAGGCCCCAGGCGCCAAGGCCCCGCGGCCCACGCAGCCGCUCGGUCACCCCCUCCGCACCGCGCUUUUGAGAAGAGGAAAGAAAAGCCCCUGUUUUCCUACAUCACCUGUGCUGUAGGACCGACACCUCGUCUGAAACUCAAAGCUGACAAAAAAUGUCCUUUUGUGUGUUACGUGUUAAAUCGGUGUGAGCAAGGUCAGUAAAGGAAGGGCGUCUGCUUCUUGUAGGACACUGUUGAAACGUUUGCUGCGUGUCAACAGGCUGAAGGACACGACUGCCUGGAGUAUGUUCGUAGUGUGCCUGUGCGUGUGUAACCUGGUUUUGGUCGUUAGGUUGUAAAGCUGUCUUUUGACUGAAAAAAAAAUCUAAUAUAAAGAAAGAACACAAGAAAUAAAAAAAAAAAAUAUUUAAAUGCUA